AUGACCUCACCUCAAGAGAUUCUGGCAGCAGCCAAAGAUAAAGACUUCAAACUUGCCGGCUGCGGCCUCUUUGCCCAAGUCUUAGUCUUACUUGAACCUGGAAUCGCUCUCAAGAUCUGUGAUGAGCCGGGAGAAGCCAGCGAAGUAGAAAUAAAAAUCUACGAACGAUUGGGUCUUCAUCCCCGGAUUCUGACGACCUAUGGGGAGUGUGAGUCAGAAGCCGGUAAAGGUCUUGCCCUCGAAUACCUGCCCGCCGGACCUGUAGUGCAGCAUUUAGCACUUGAGAAAUACUCCGAAGAGAGGCAGCGAUGGCCAGCUCAAGUUAUUGAAGCAGUUCAAUACAUCCAUUCCAAAGGCAUCGUUCACUGCGAUAUAGGAGCGCACAACUUCAUGGUUUCAAAGGACGGGUCACUCGUGCUUGCCGAUUUCUGCGGCUCCAGUCUCGAUGGCUCAAGGGCAAUCGUAGCUCCGUCAAUACGUUACUGUAGACCUGUUCCCAUGGAACAACGGUCGUUGAAUAUCUGUGUUAAAGAUGAUUCCUUUGCCGUUGGUGUUGUGUUGUAUGAGAUUGCGGUUGGAAGUCGGGUUCUAGAGGCUAAAGAUGACAGGGACGUCACAAGGCUGUAUGAGAAGGGAGAGUUUCCUAACUUAGAAGGGAUUGAGGCAAGGCUGGCGAAAGUUAUUAAGAAGUGUUGGGAGGACCGGUAUGAGAGUGCUGAUGAGAUCCAGGCUGAUUAUGCGGGUAUGUAA